AUGGCACAAUCAAACUCCAUCAAAAUAGUGGAGGUUUGCAAAGUGUCUCCUCCAACUCACUCUCCUGCUGGCCCUGCCAUUCCCCAAGCUUUACCUCUUACUUUCUUUGACUUGUUGUGGUUAAGGUCUCCACCUGUUCAACGUCUUUUUUUCUAUCAAUUUCCGGUUUCAACCGCAACCUUCUCUGAUUCCAUCCUUCCAAAGCUAAAGCAAUCCUUAUCUCUAACACUCCUCCACUUCAUUCCUCUUGCUGGUAACCUUAUUUGGCCUCAAAGCUCCCACAUACCCCUCAUCGAUUACGUUGAUGGCGACGGUGUUCCUUUCACCGUCGCCGAGUCCGAUGCAGAUUUCAGUCGCCUUUCAACUGCUAAGUUUUGCGAACCCACUGCUUAUCAUCCUUUCAUACCCCAAUUGGCUGUUUCCGUGGAACGAGCAGAGGCAAUGGCUUUGCAAGUGACUCUGUUUCCCAACCAUGGUUUUUCCAUUGGAAUAGCAACGCACCACGCCGUUGUCGAUGGCAAAUGCUCUACCACUUUCAUGAAAACAUGGGCCCAGAUUUGCAAAUUUGGAAGUGAUCAAUCGGAGCUAAAAUUAUUGUAUGAUAGAUCCGUUAUAAAGGAUCCGAAAGGUCUUGAAGCAAUCUAUACAGGGCAAUUGUUGGAAUUUGGGGGACCCAAUAAUAGAAGUUUAAUGACGAAUUGGAAACCUGAAGUUCCAUCGGAUUCAGUUCGGGGACUUUUGGAACUGAGUCGCUCAAAAAUAGAGAAACUAAGAGAGUAUGCGAAAAUAGAAAUGGCGAAGAAAAAUGAGCCUCCACUUCACACAUCGACUUUUUCAAUAACACUUGCUUAUAUUUGCGCUUGCUUAGCCAAAUCAGAAGGAAUAAGCGACGAAUUGCAGCUGCUAGUUGUAUCCUUCAAUGUGGACUGUAGAACUCGGUUGGAGCCUCCUAUACCUGCCUAUUUUGGUAAUUGCUUAACAGUGAAUGCUGCAUUAGCAGGCCCUAAAGGGAUAUUGGGGAAGGAAGGAUUUCUUGUGGCUUUGAAAGCCAUUGAUGAAGCAAUAAAAAAAUUGGAUGAUGGUGGAAUUCUUGAAGGAGCGGAAAAUUGGGUUUCUGGGAAGCAUAGUUUGCCACCGUUUAAAAUAUAUAACCUUGCUGGGUCGCCUCGGUUUGGGGUUUAUGGUAGCGAUUUUGGUUGGGGAAGACCAAUCAAAGUGGAUAUGACUUCUGUAGAUUCCAGUGGAGCCAUUUGUCUUUCGGAUGCUAAAAAUGGUGAUGUUGGAGUUCAGAUUACGUUGGUUUUGAAGAAACAGCUUAUGGAAAUUUUUGCUUCUCAAUUUGCUAAAGGUCUUGAAGACCUACCAUUUUAG